UCCUAUCUACGUCUCCUCCCUUCCUCCCCAUCUCCAGCUCUGUCUACUUCCUCCUUCGCCACAGAGGAGGACGACGAUUCCUUAUCGCUCUCAUCCCCUCCUGCUUCUCUUACUCCAUCCCCAUCCCCAUCGCCAUGAGUUUUCUCACUGAGCGAGCUCUCGAUGAUCACAUGCUGGCGGCACAUGGCGACAUUUCGGCAAUUCGGCAAGUUUGUCAUUCGCGGCUUAGUUCAGAUCUGCUACGACUCGCGCAGUUCUUCUGCACCACUGGGGUGUAUGCGGCGGCGGAGUUCCAUUUCACGAGCCAUCGUCAAGCAAUCGUGUUGGCAGAAGCGUUGGCAGUUCGACGGCUGUCAGCAUCGGGAGUUAGCCACGUGUCUACCGUCGUCAUCUUCAGCGGAGAUAUUAGCGCGAUCAACCCUUUACGGCACACGGCCAUCCGGACGUCGCUAAGAGAGUGGGGCCAGCAGCUGGCAACGGAGUGGAAUCAGUGGCUUACGUGCCACGAUGACAAUCUUGUCCCCGCGGAUGACAUCGACGUUGGAGGGCUCCAAACGUCUCGGCAUGAGCCGGCGGUGAUGCUUCGUGAGCUCAUUCUCUUCCAGCGUCCUCAAUGAACCGGUCCCAACUAUCUACUUUCGCCCUCCCCUCUCUUUUCCCUACCUUGUGGCAAUCUAGCCUCUGCCCCCGUUUCU